CCAGAAAAGGUUUUCCCCUAACGUGAUUUUCUACUCUUCUAUUCAGACUCAGAAAAGAACCUUAGGAAGGCUACAAAAAUCGGACGAUCUUAAAAAGAAACCAGAGCGCCGCCCCUUCUGGGUUGCCCUUCUCCCGUGAUCAACUCGCACGUGAUUGCAAAGGCGGGGUGUACAGAGUCAUUGAGCCUGGAAAAACAAAAGAAACUGGUCUGAUCCUUCAGAGUUUGUGCUGCUCCCUUGGUUCUCAACCCAGGACUGACCAGCAACGUGGCUCUUGUGGGGCUGACAGGGUGGCUUCCGAGACACACCCGGGAAAGCAGCACGGAUCACAUGACAACAGGGUGGAGCUUGGGGCGCUUUUCCAAGCAGGAAGCCGUGCCGGUAGCGGAGUUUUAAGUUGCCAGGAAGAAACAGAAUCGGAACCAUUUCUGAAAGAAAUCAUGUCAUCGCUAAGUACAGAGAUGGCCAGCUGGCAAGGAAGCAACAGUUCUGUCAGCAGCAAUGAGACUGAUUUAACGAUUGGUUUUACCUCAUCAGCAAUAGCAGUCUUCUUAUUUGGAUCAAACUUUGUGCCUGUUAAGAAAUUUGAUACUGGUGAUGGGAUGUUCUUCCAGUGGAUUCUCUGCACUGCUAUCUGGAUAGUUUCAUUAAUCGUCAACCUUAUUCAGAACUGCCCUAGAUUUUGGCCUCUUGCUAUGGUUGGAGGAUUUUUAUGGGCUACAGGUAAUGUAACAGUUGUGCCCAUUUUUAAAACCAUUGGGAUGGGCCUUGGGCUCUUAAUCUGGGCUUCUUUUAACUUGCUGACUGGCUGGGCAAGUUCAAGGUUUGGUUGGUUUGGAAUUGAUCCAGAAGUGGUAGCAAGGCCAGUCUUAAACUAUGUUGGAGCUGGACUUUCAGUGUUCAGCACUAUCUUGUUCUUUUUAGUAAAAACUGAUAUUCAGAGUUCUUCGUCAUCAUCAGAAAGCACUCCAUUAUUAAAAGAACAUUCAAUCAAUACUUCUGAACAUAGGAAUGAAAAUAGGAACGAUGUAUCAUGGGUGGACAAUCUUUCUCCAUUGGGAAAGAGAAUUGUAGGCUGUUCCUUGGCUGUGAUAGCUGGAAUGCUUUAUGGUUCUAGUUUUGUGCCAGUUCUUUACAUCAAGGACCACGGCAGAAGAAAUGGAACAUUAUAUACAGGAUCAAGUCAAUUUGAUCUAGAUUAUGUCUUUGCGCAUUUUAGUGGCAUCUUUCUUACAAGUACCAUCUACUUUUUGAUCUACUGUGCGAUAAUGAAAAACCAUCCCAAAGUGUAUCCUGAAGCUAUAAUCCCAGGAUUUGUUUCUGGCAUAUUGUGGGCAAUAGCCAGUUGCUGUUGGUUCCUAGCAAAUCGUUACCUCAGUGCUGUGGUCAGCUUUCCAAUAAUCACUGCAGGUCCUGGAUUCAUAGCCGCAAUGUGGGGUGUUCUAGUGUUUAAAGAAAUAAAGGGUCUGAGAAAUUAUUUUUUACUGUCAGUAGCCUUUUGCAUUAUUUUGGCUGGGUCACUCUCAACAGCUUAUUCUAAAGUCUGAAGAACAUCAUUUGAACCAACAGAUGGCAGCAGUAGUAAAGACAUUUAAGAUGUGCUGGAAGAUUGUAUAUUUUCUUGGAUCGUCACUUUUACUAUUAAGAUAAUCUGUAAAUUAAGAACUUUUCACACUAAAUGGAGAUAAUUUCUCUGAGUUUGGAACAAUAAGGGAAAUCUUUUAAUAUUCUCUAAUGAAUCUCUAAUGUAUUAUGUUGGUUAAUUAUUUUGGGAUGAGUAAUUAAUCCUGUGCAGGGAAGUAAUAUCUGUGAUAUGUCACAUGGCACCUUUCCUUUUUGUACUUCCAGAAGACGUCGUAUUGCUAUCUCUGUAGGUACUGGCAGUUUUCUGAUAUCUGGACUGCAAGCUGGUCCUGGUUCCCCUGAAUUUGAGGACAGCUUUCAUAACAGGAAUUCCCCAUAUGGUUCUUUGAAUCAUAGCUGUAAUCUGCAGUCCUUGUAAAGUGUGAACUCCUUUGUGCAGGAGCACAUUAGUAAGAGGGAGCAACCAUUUGCCAAAAGCCCAUAGCUCAAUGACAGAACACACAGGGUUGGACCAAGACCCCCCCCCCCAUCUGUCUGUCUCUCUCUCUCAGUUAUUUUUUGUACUACAGCUUCUAUAUCAUGAUACCCACCAUAUGUUUUUUGGUGGUUGAACCUGGACCUCUCCCUCCCUUUUUUAUCAGCACACAAUCUGGUUGGAUUCAGGCAGUCCUUUGUAAUCAUGAAGUCCCAGGUUCAGUUUUCAGUGAAUCCAGCUAUUUGUUGUCAGGUGGCAGGUGCUGUGAGUCAUACUGGGAAUAAACAGCCUUUUACAUUCAUAAUAAGGAAGCUGCAUAUGAUGUCAGACUCCCCAUCACAAAAAUAGGAUGGCAAUUUACUUCUCCCUUCUCUUGCCCGUAGUCAUGGGCAUAUGCAGUGCCCAGGGAUUUUAUCCCCAAGCAACUAUGGUAUCAUUUCUCUUUCAGGAGAACGUUUACUUACCUUUUAUACUUUUCCAUUUGUUGUAUGAUAUUAAUGUGAAUUCUGUUACUAUUAUGCAUUAAUGUCCCUUCUUUGUUCUUUGGGUUAAGAUCAUUUAUAUGUUUUGUUGUUGUUGUUUUUGAACUUUGAUCAAGGGCACAUUGUUUAAGUUGUUUUGAGAGAGAAUUUUCACACAGUUUAAAGUUUAUUUCUUGGGACACCUGAUGGUGCUUCUAGUAAAAACUAGAUUUUUUUCACGUAUCCUAGAAUUAAAGCUAAAAAUAUCUUGUGAGUGGACUGAUUGUGUGAAUUUGGUGAGCAACCAGAUUUGUUUGUUAAGUUGUGACUUUACUUAAGAUCAUUUUCCCCUAAAUGAUUGAUAGCUACACUUUAAAUUAAAAAUAUAUAUUAAAUAGUUGUUAUAUUGUUGUGC